CCCUGGCGCUUCUUCUUUUCUCCCCGCCCAAGCCAGCCAAGCAGCCAAGCCCAAGAAGAAGCUUGUGAAGAUCUAAAGUGGGCAGGGGUCGUCCCCGAAUCCUGAAAUUUCUUGGAAAUCUCAGACAAGAAUCUGGCAGGAGAUUCUUAGGAUUCUUAAGAUACGGGGUGGUUUAUGAGGCUCAGAUCAAAUAAUACCAAUUCGUCGCACAAGUCAUACCGAACCCUUAUUCUUUGUUUUGACUCUAAUCAACACGCAAUUGGUUUCCUCUGGGCGUUGGCGCUCACGAUAUAUGUAUCCCAGGUUUAAGGAACGGCGAUCGCUGACGAUCUUUCUUGGGGUCGAUAGUUUCCUCUUUGGUUCGACUUACACGUAGCCGCCUACGUCGUGGGAAAUUUGUGUUUUGGUUAUAUUUUUUUUUCUUUUUUCUUUUCCUCCGAAAUCAUACGCAUCACCCGCGGGUGUGAAAUUUAUACUCAGCGGUGUCAAUUGGAAUACUCCCAAACUGGGCUUUCCUCCAAUUCUAACCAAGGCCCAGUUGGUGCCAUAUUCUUGAUCUGAUACCACGGUCGCUGCCAAAAGCCAGGAUGAGCAAUCAAGGACAGGCGACGGAUACAGCGCCAGUUUCGGCAUCCUCCCUAUAUCUUACAUUGGGACCCGUCGCUCUGGUUGCCGCGGCGUAUGUUGGUAUAUUCUUGGUCCUUCGAAAGAGCCACAGGCGUUACUAUGCUCCCCGAACGUAUCUGGGAAGCCUCCGUACGAGCGAGCGGUCGCCUGCCCUCCCUAAUGGCUUAUUUAAUUGGAUAGGUCCGUUUUGGAAGUUACCAGAUAUUUAUACCUUGCAGCACCAAUCAUUAGAUGCAUACCUCUUCCUGCGUUUCUUGCGCAUGAUAGUUGUCAUAUGCUUCGUCGGGUGUUGUGUACUAUGGCCGGUGCUCUUCCCUGUUAAUGCUACGGCACAUGGCAAAGCCACUCAGGUCGACAUACUUUCGUACGCUCACAUUGAUAAGGACACGGAAUCGAACCGUUACUAUGUCCAUGUCUUCAUGGCCUGGAUUUUCUACGGUUUCGUCAUGUAUAUGAUCUUACGGGAGUCCAUCUUCUACAUAAAUCUUCGACAGGCAUUCUUGCUCUCGCCUUUCUACGCCAACCGAAUUUCAUCCCGGACCGUAUUAUUUAUUGCCGUUCCCGAUGAAUACCUGGACGAAGCUAGAUUACGCAAAGUAUUUGGCGACUCAGUGAAGCAUGUUUGGAUCGCUGGUGAUACAGAAAAAUUGGACGAUCUCGUUAAAGAACGUGAUAAGGUCGCCAUGAAACUGGAGAAGGCCGAAGUGAAAUUGUUGAAACUCGCGAACGCCAAUCGUGUCAAGGCAGCGAAGAAGAAUAAGGGUGCUUCCAGCGAAGCAGCUGAGGCCCCAGCGGAUGCAGAGUCGGGCAGUUUAGCUGCGCGCUGGGUUCCUCAGAAGAAGCGACCUACUCACCGACUUGGUCCUCUAGGUCUUUGGGGUAAGAAGGUCGAUACUAUCAACUGGUGCCGAACGGAAUUGGAACGCCUUAUCCCCGAGGUUGAAAAGUCGCAAAAUCAAUAUCGCUCAGGAAAUUAUAAGAAAGUUCCCAGUGUCUUCAUCGAAUUUUACCAUCAGGCUGAUGCCGAAUCCGCUUUCCAAAUUUUGGCGCAUCAUCAGGCCCUGCGAAUGACACCUAAGUAUAUCGGAGUUACACCCGGGGAGGUUGUCUGGAGCGCCUUGAAAGUUUCAUGGUGGCAAAGAAUCGUCCGUAGAUUCGCAGUGCUUGGCUUUAUUGCCGUACUUAUCAUCUUCUGGGCGAUCCCUGUAGCUGUUGUUGGUGCGAUAUCAAAUAUCAGUUACCUCGAAAAGAUAUCCUUCCUCACGUGGCUCACAUCUAUUCCCUCGAUCAUUCUAGGCUUCAUUCAAGGAUUAUUACCUGGAGUUGCUCUAUCGAUUCUCAUGUCGCUUGUACCCGUUAUUAUGAGACUAUGCGCCAAGCUCUCAGGGGAGCCUUCUCUAUCGCGAGUAGAGCUGUUUACACAGAAUGCGUACUUCGCCUUCCAGCUAAUUCAAGUAUUCUUAGUAUCAACAGUUACCUCAUCAGCGGCAAGUGUCGGACAGCAAAUCGCUCAAAAUCCUGGAUCUGUUACCAGCAUAUUGGCAGAAAACCUGCCGAAGGCCUCCAACUUCUACAUUUCAUACUUCAUCGUACAAGGUCUCGGCGUCGCAUCUAGCGUUCUCUCUCAGGUCGUUGGUUUCGUCAUUUUUACGAUUAUGUACAAGUUCUUGUCGGGCACACCACGAGCCCUCUACACGAAAUGGGCUAAUCUGAGUGCCAUUUCUUGGGGUAGCGUAUUGCCAGUCUACACGAACAUUGCCGUGAUUAGUAUCACGUAUGGUGCAAUUGCUCCGCUAGUACUUGGUUUCGCUACCGUCGGUCUUGCGAUAUUUUAUAUGGCGUGGCGGUAUAACAUUUUCUUCGUCACGGAUACCAAUAUUGAUACCCGAGGCCUGAUCUAUCCUCGAGCCCUGAAGCAGCUAUUUUCCGGGGUGUAUAUCGCGGAAUUGUGCAUGAUUGGAAUCUUUGCUACUUCUGUAGCCAUCGGUCCCUUGGUUCUCAUGAUCGCAUUCCUUAUUUUCACUAUCCUAUUCCACAUCACUAUAAACAGUGCUAUCGAUCCUCUCCUUUACAACCUACCUAGGACGCUUGGAACUGGGGCAGAGUCGAAGUCCAUGCACGUGGAAAGCUCCAGCACUCGGAACGGCAGCGGGUCUACCGCUCACAAUGACCACCAAGACGGCAUCCAGGAUGCUGAGAAGGUUACUUCUGCCGAUACUGCCGUGAAUAAGAAGAAGCCUGGAUUCUUUUCCAAAUUCCUCAAGCCCUGGGAAUAUUGUGAUUACGAAACGAUGCGCAAACUUGUGCCGCAUGACGCUAUCGACACACAAAACCUGUACACGGAUGAGGUGGAACGUAACGCGUAUUUCCCGCCUUCAGUCAGCAGCGGAACACCACUACUCUGGAUCCCUGAAGAUCAAAUGGGUAUUUCAAAGCAGGAGGUCCGCGAUACUGGCAAAGUGAUCCCUAUUACCGAUGAGGGAUGCACGUUGAGCGAUAAAAAUAAAUUGGAAUGGGACACCGAGGCCGUUCGCCCUCCAGUUUGGGAGGAGAAAGUCUACUAUUAAGCCUAAUUCUCGGGGUAUCAGCCACACGAAUUUUCAUGUCGAAUGGGAUUACCAGGGAAGGUGUAUUUUUGGGGCGUGAAAUUCCCAAGUAAAACUUCUCUUGGCUACGAACGACACGUUUGGGGUUUCACUUAUGAUACCAAACUUGGAUCCAUGAUAUUAGGAUGGGGGUUGUCUUUUAUGUCUUUAUAUUGUUCGGACGAUCGAGGUUGAUGAGCGACUGAGGAUAUCGCCGGGAGGAGUGUUGAUGUCUAUUAUACCCGUCUGACGAAGAGGAUAUUGCGAGUAUGAUAAAAAUGCUGUUAAAUUAAUAAUCAAUUCUAAUAAUAACGAAGCAAACUAUAAAAUAUAGAUCAUUAAUUUUUUUUUUCUCUGUUA